UCUCCAAAAACCAUUCAGUUCCUCCAAACAAAUCACAUAGAACACUCAAAUUACUCCCAGUCGCAAAACAAAUAUAUAACAAUUUACUAUUUACCACACACACCACACGGAGGAUAAUGAAUCGUAUUCUGGAGCAGGUGAUCCACCAGAAUGGAACUAUGGUGGAUCGAAUUCUAUCGGAUCACACUACGGGAUACGUGAUCUCCGACAAUAUGGCCAAUGCCGUGGCCGAAACGUCCUUCGAUAAUACAAGUGCCCAGGCGAUCGUGAAGCACUUGAACGGACUCCUGGUCAGUACCUGCCAAAGUGUCAUUCGGGACAUUGACCCGUCCAACAAACUGUGCUUCAUGCGCCUGGCCACUCGCAAGUUCGAGUAUCUGGUGGCCCCCGAAGAGUAUUUUACCAUCACGGUGGUUCAGUGAGGGAAGUGGGAAACUCAGCUGUUAAUCAUCCUAGGAAAAUUAAAUCAUGUUGGAAUUUUACUCAUCACUUAAAAAUUGUCUGAAACUUUUAGGAACAAUUUUCUAUGACUUGGGACAUUGUUUCCUAAAAUGUUUGGGCAAUUUUUAGCCCUCCAGUUGCGGAAUAAAAAAUU